AUGACCUCUCACCUGGGCGGACUGACACCACUGCUGUGGAUCCUUUGGAGUUUCAUCGCUGUGGUGCAGGGGGACUUUGUGGAGCCCUCUCCCUCGUGCUCCUUGAACUCCCUGGCUGAGGCUGAGACCCAGCUGCCCUGCCAGUUCAAGGUGGAAGUGGGCCAGGUGGUGGUUCAGGUCACCUGGACCAAGGAGAAAGUAGAUGGUACCAAGGACCAGAUCAUCACAGUGCACCACACCGACGGACACACAGAGUUUGGUCAGUACUCAGGGCGUGUGCGGUUCAGGAGCAAGAAACCCACCGUGGACUCAUCCCUGAUCAUCAUGAACACUGUGGAGUCAGAUGAGGGCAGGUACAACUGUCACAUCAGCACCUUCCCCUCGGGGAACUUCGAACGACAGCUGUCACUCACCGUGUGGACCACGCCCAUCUCCUCCCUGGACCCUGUGAUCCUUGUCGAAGGCCAGUCCUUCCAAUUGGCUGCGUCCUGCCGCUCUGUGGCCCGCCCUCCGCCCCACCUCUCCUGGGACACAGACCUAACAGGCCAAUCACACAACAGGAGUUUGGAGGGUGGUUCAGUCUCCACCCACUUCUCGCUGCAUCCCCUGAGGAGUAUGGAUGGGAAGCGGCUGGACUGUCUGGUGCAGCACCCGGCUCUGAAGGGACCACGCAGGAUCACCAACAACCUGGUGGUGCACUAUCCUCCCAAUGCAGAGAUCUCUGGGUUUGAUCAGAACUGGUAUGCUGGUCUGGAGGAAGCUGCCCUCAGUUGUGUCAGUGGAGGAAACCCCAAACCACAGAGUUUCAAUUGGACCAGAAAGGACGGAGACUUACCAGAGGGCGUGACCACAGAGAAUGAAUCCUUGCUGUUUAAUAGGCCCCUCGUCCUGACGGACGCUGGCAUCUACCAAUGUGUGGCCAUGAACUCUGUGGGGGCGGGUAACGCAGAGGUGGAUAUCACUGUGACAGAGUUGCCUCAGAAGCAGGCGUCGUUCGACAGUCUCCUGAUGGUAAUAGUGGGAGGAGUGGCCGGAGUACUGCUUCUAGUCAUGAUCAUCAUAGUCAUCUCUGUGACCCGUCACCACAAACGCAAGAACAAGAAACUGUCGAGGGAACUCACUGUGAGGAAGGAGGAGAUCAGUACUCUCUCCAGACAGGCAUCUUUCAGGAAAAUGAACUCAGUCAGUAUGGACACUACUAGAGGACAGACAGAGGAGAAUAUCCCUCUCAGAGUGGAGGGGACACUGCGGACCAGUCUGUCCUCCGUAGUGGAACAAGGGCGCAUUAGGGAGAGUCGAUCUACUCUGGUAGGGGGCGGGGGGCUAGACUACCUGGGUCGACCUGUUCUGUACAAUUCUUCACGACGAGGGAGGGAGAGCAGAGCCAUGGACAGAGAGGAGGAGAACAGACUUAGGGUGGAGUCAAAUGAGCAGAAUAGCACCAUGUCUUUGGCAAACCAUCUCCACCCCCCUCUCCAACCCUCUUCCUUCCCAGCGGAACAGUCCAUCGAGCUGCUGAGGUCCCUGAACGGCAGUGCCAUCAUCCCAACGGAGUGGGGUUUACAUAUACGUCAGGGGCCCGGUAGCAGGAACACCCACUCCCCUCUCAGUUGCAACAACCCUCCCAUCACAGACAACGAUGAGGAGGAGGAUGAAGGUGUGGAGGGGGAGUGGGAGACUUGCCCCAGGAUGAGUCCGUUGGAUCAGGGGAAGUCAGAAGACCAGGACAGCAAGACCAACAGUUCUCAGAUCUCAGAAGUAGAAUGUGGACUCAACCCUCACUUCCAGCAGAACAAUGGAACGUUGAGACCCAAACCGCUCCCCAAGUACCGGCCCAAUGGCAUCCUCCUCACCUCAUCACCACACACCUCCUUCAUCCACAAGGCCCAGAUUGUAUAGAGCGGUAGGGCUGGGUAAGGGCAGGUGACAUAUUAUACGAUGAGGCACACUUUGCUACACAUCACCACUCUAACAGUGUUGUGUAUGUGAUUGGUUGUGACCGUUUGGGAUACGAGGUCGUUGGUGGCAUACCUCGGUGGCAAUCAGUUGACCUACUUUUUCACUUCUGAAAUAUACCUCCACCUUCACCUCAAGCGCUCAGACAUUUAUGAUCAGCAAAUAAAGCUUCCGAUUCAAGAAAGACUCCUUGGCGUAGAGAUACAAAUAAGUAACACAUACAUAACACAGGGGAGAAGCUGGACAUGUAUGAUGUAAAGUUAAAAGCACAUGAAUGUCAGGUUGGACAUAGACAGACCAAAGUAGUCUUUGUAUCACAGCAAUAACAAUCACUCCAGGCCCAGGAAGCAUGAAAUUGAGAGGAACUAAAAGACUGCCGUGCUUUAUUUUUGUAUGUUUUUUUUGCUACUACGAGGUGCAAGAUUUUAAGAUUAGAAUAUCAACUACGCACCAAUAGCGCCUGCCAAGUGGAAUCCAUGUUGGCGAACUUCCACCCUCCUUCCUUCUAGAUGAGGAUUCAACCCGUACUGUUCUGUUCACCCUAAGAUGGAGUCCAUCUUUUUGACUUGACGUGUGGCAGGAGUUUAUCUGGAGAUACCCCUCCUUGCCAUGAAACUUGGGUGUGCACAAACUUUGAACUCGCUGUAGUCUACGAUGUCAAAAGCUGAAGACUGCAUUUUAGACAAGAGGUUAAGAAAGCAUCUUACACCUGAGCACAGUGAGAGCCUAUGUGUAAAUCUACUAGAAGUGGGAAAAAGUAUUGUACUUCUAUUUUCUUACGCCACAGACAUUUAGACAAGAUAACUGCAAUAUGCCUUUGUUUGUAUGAAUACAGUAAAAAUAGCCUUUGCUUUGUAGGCCAAAAUAGUAUUAUGUUUGAAUCUACUGUAUUAUAAUGACUUGAGUGCGGCCAAAAUGACACCUUAUUCCCUACAUAAUGCACUAUUUUUGACCAGAGCCCUAUGAGCCCUGGGCAAAAGUAGUGCACUAGAUAGGGAAUAGGGUGUAAUUUCAUGCUGUACAUAAGUGUUUCUUUCAUGCCAUGUUCCUGGGAACAUCUUACUGUAUUUCACAGAUUUGUACACAUAUACUUGUAAUUCGGUGGAGGCUGGUGGGAGGAGCUGUAGGAGGAUGGGUUCAUUGUAAUGGCUUGAAUGGUAUA